AUGCAUAGCACACUGUUGUGUUUCAACUUGCUGCUCCUGUUUGUCCUGCCCUACUCUUCGCUCUGCCAGGGACAGAGGUACACUGCAAUAACAAAUGUUAAAGGUGAGCAGAACAAGAUGGUUAUUGACGUCUUGAGCCGUUUCGGUUUCAUGGGCACACAACUCUCGACAAACCAUCGCUUGGAGCCUCGAGGAGUGCGCAUUACACGUCCUGGAUCAUCAACUCCUAAGCGUGCUAUGCAGGGUUCGCGCAUCGCACUAUCCCUUGAUGUACCUACAACAAUUUUAAGUGUACUGAUAGACAUGGCCAGAGAGCGGGACAUGCGAGCCAAGGCUGCAGCCAAUGCCGAACUCAUGGCACGCAUUGGUAAAAGGAAAUAG